AUGAAUCAGAAACCUCCGCCGUACGGUUAUGGCAGCGGUGGUGGUGGUGGUGGUGGUGGUGGAGGACCUUCUUCCUCUACCAACAACACAACAAUCGGGACGUUGGGUGCACGCGCCAAGCAGACGACGCAAUCGAUGAUCACCACGCUCCGUCCAUGGGGGGAGCUUCUCGAUCUCGCCGCGCUCUCUGUCCCUUCCAAAUAUGAUGAGGCCAUGGCGCACCUGAAGCACAACACCUCUUAUUUCCGAGCAAACUACGCUCUCACCGUCCUCGUCAUCGUCUUCCUCGGCCUGAUUUACCAUCCGGUCUCAAUGGUCGCCUUCAUCGUCGUCUUCGUCGGCUGGAUGCUCCUCUAUUUCUCGCGAGACGGCAACGAUCCGAUUGUGAUUUCGGAGAAAGUGGUGGACGACAAGAUCGUGCUCGUGGUACUCAGCUUGGUAACGAUUUUGGCGUUGGUAUACACAGAUGUGGGCGAAAACGUCCUGGUCUCGCUGAUCAUCGGAUUGCUCAUCGUCGGAGCUCACGCUGCUUUCCGUAGUACCGAUGAUUUGUUUCUCGAUGAAGAAAGUGCCCGACGCGGUGGGCUCGUAUCCUCCGCUGCUCCAGGAAACCGGCCACCGACAAGUUAUACCCCAAUUUGA